CUUGCGCUUGCCAGGUAGGCACUGUGCCGCUGAGCUAACUCCCCAGCUCCUCAUCUAUUUUUAUAGAUCUCUUCUUUAGAAGUACUGAGCAAUUCUUUCAUUAAUUUUUUACCUGAGAGAUUAUUUCUGCUCAGAUUUCUUCUAUGGCCUGGUGGAGUUGUUUCUUUAUUUCAGUUGUGAUUAUUUCAGAGAUUUCAGGUGUGAGACUUCAGAGUUCUCAUGUUGAUGUUGCCUGGACUUGUUCUGGUUGGUUGCAAUUCUGAUAUGGCAUUUUGCUCCUGUUUCUUGUCAGUUUGGAUGUCAGAGGCAAAGCACCAAGCCUUAUCCUUCCUGGGCAGCUCACUGAAGGUCUGUAGGGUCCCUAGAUUUCUUUGGUGUCAGGCUUGCCCCAUGAUGGCAACAGGAGGUGGGCCACCAGAUCUGGGAUCCACAGGCAGCUGAUGGAGUGCACAGCUCAGAGAACGCUGAUGGUGGUGGUAUGCUGGCCUUCAGAACCAGGGUACCCAUGCAGCUGACUGUGGGCCUCUGGGCCUCUCCCAUGAACCACAAUGUUGGCAGAAUUCAAGGUGACAGACUGGAGACCUCAGGCAGCUGAUAGGGCAUACCUGUCCCUUCAGGGCCUCAGGCAGGACCCACAAUACUGGGGAACACAGGCUACCUCUCUGAGUUCCCCAGGUGGAUGACUAAGGACACCCAGGCUUCAGGUACGACCCACAAUGUCAGAGGAGCAUGAGGUGUGAGAUGGAGUCCUCGGGCAGCUGAUGGGGUGUACUUGUCUCUUCAAGGCCUUAGGCAUGACCCACAAUGUUGAUGGAGCAGAGCGUUGGUCCAAGUUCCCAAGGUGGCUGACUCUUCUCUGAUUUAGUAGAUACAAACAGUUUCCUAAACUCUUUGUACUAAUUUUCAUACCUAGAAAGAGUGUAUGUGACUCUUGGUAUAUUCCUAAAACUAAAUAUUUUCUAUCAUUUUCAUUUUAACCUCUGGCUGUUAUAUGAUAUUAAGCAUUAGUGGAUUAGUUUCCUUUUCUUGUUAUUUCUUUUUACUGUGAAACUGAUCAUAAAUCUUUGGGUAGCCUCAUUCUUAAGUAUCUUGUUUAUUUUGGCCAUAUUUUUCUGUUGUAGAGUCUGUAUGUUCAUUAAAGAUUUGUAGUCAUUUGUAGAUGCCUGAAAUGAGUGCUUUGUGUCCCAUCACUUUGUUCUGAUGAGGAGAAGCUCCUCAGUUAAUAUAAACUCAUUUGCCAUUUCAUAUCUUGAGGUUAAUGAAUGUGUACUAUUUAAAUACUCUUUUCUUACACUAAGACCACAAAAUUUGCCCUUAACAUUUAGAUCAGCAAUCUGUUCAAAAUCAACUUGCUGUGUGGUGUGGAUUGUGAUAAUUUGAAUUUAUUCUUAAAAUGCUAUGUACUGUGUUCUGUGCACUUAGCAUCUCUCACAUCUGUGGAUUUCAGUAAACAUUGUCCAGAAAUAUUUUCUAAAAAAUGUGGGAACAGAAUAUGUGUAGAUGUUUUUGUCAACAUUUCCUAAGGACACACUAUCAGUGCUAUUUACAUAGCAUUUGCAUUGUCUUUAUUAUUUUAGGUAAUUUUGAGUUGAUUUUAAGUGUGGGGAGGAUGUGCAUAGGUUAUAUAAAAAUACUGUGACAUCUGUAUGUGAGAGCUGUCAGUCCACUGAGAUUGAUAUCCUUCCGAUAAGGUAAAACUCUCUUAUGAUUUCCUUUCAUUGACUUGCUUCUGUCAUUGCUUCACCAAAGUUAACAGCAGCUCGACUUUGGCGUGGAGCCCUCUUCAGCUUCUCUCCACCGUUCCCUAAUUUUGUCUCCAGUAAUCCCAAAGCACCGCACACCAACUGGAAAUUUCACUACCCCAAAUCACCAACAGGCUGAUGAUCACUACAUCCUCAUAGCAGAAUGGCAUCUAAGGACUUGGCAAUAGGAAUGACUUUUCUGACUCAGACAGUCACUGGGAUCCUAGCUAACGUUGUUCUUCUGUUCCAUUAUCUCUCUCUCUGCUUCACUGGAUACAAGUUAAGGCCCACAGAUCUGAUAGCUGAGCACUUGACUAUAGCAAACACAUUGAUCAUGCUGUCUAAAGGAGUCUUACAGACAGUGCAAGCAUUUAGGAUUAAGUAUUUCUCUCAAGUUAUUAGAUGCACAAUUCUUUUGUAUGUCUACAGAGCAGCCAGAGGUGUGUCAGUCAGUACAACCUGUCUCCUGAGUGUCUUCCAGACCGUGAAGAUCAGCCCCAUGAACUCCAUUUGGAAGCAGCUUAAAGUUAAACUUCCCAAGCACAUUGGCUUCUCUAUUUUCUUCAUUUGGAGUCUCUAUAUGUUGGUAAAUUGUUUUUUUCCAUUUUAUAACAUCAGCAAAUAUAGCAGCAAAAAUAUCACAAAGAUAAAAGAUUUUGGAUACUGCUCUGCAGGACUUCGAGACAAAAUCGUCGAUGCAUUGUACGCAACAUUUGUGUUAUUCCCUGAAGUUUCAUGUUCUGGGAUCAUGAUCUGGUCCAGUGGCUCCAUGAUUUUCAUUUUGCACAGGCACAAGCAGCAGGUCCAACACAUCCGUAGAACAAAUGUUUCCCACAAAUCAUCCCCUGAGUUCAGGGCCACCCAAAGUGUCCUUGUCCUCGUGUGCACCUUUGUGUGUUUUUACACACUCUCCUCCUUCUUUUAUGCUUGCGUUGUGAACUUCAGUAUUCCUAGUUGGUGGCUCAUGAACACCUCUGCCCUAGUUUCUGUCUGCUUUCCCACUGUCAGCCCUUUCAUCCUAAUGAGCUGCAACUCCACUGCAUCCAGACUCUGGUUCAAAAUCUCAAAUUUCUUUAGAAACAUAAAAUGCACCACUUUUCACAAGGUUAAGUGA